CACCUAGGCCCUAUCGAGUUCCACCUGUGCCCGUCGUUUCCCCCCACCGAGGACGCCUCCCUCCCCAUUAUUCGCCUGGCUCUUCAACCGCGCCCGCCACCAUGCUUACCUUCAAGAAGGCCCUCGUGCUUUCCCUGGCCUGUCUCACGCUAUUCUUCAUCUUCAAGUCGCAGCACCACGGUAGCACAACCCCCAACUUCCGCAAUGCGAAGGAAAUGCCCCGGCCCACUGCCUGGGUGAACCCGGCAGACAGAGAACGCACAAAGGCCAAGGAGAAGCAGUCGAAGGAGGCGCAAAAGGCGACGGAAAAGGCAGAUAAGACCUUUGACGCACCCGAUGCGCCCGCGCGCAAGAAGCCCAAGACCCAAAUUAGCAUGGACGAGCUGAGAGAGCGCCCGCUCAAGGACCAGCUCGAGUACCAGUUUCCCUACGACGUCGACGCGAAGACUCCUGCAUACAUCUGGCAAACGUGGAAGUACACACCGGCACAGGGCCAGUUUGACGAGAUAUUCCGCGAGCCAGAGGCCAGCUGGAGCAUCCACCACCCUUCUUUCGUCCACGAGGUUAUCACCGAUGACGUCGCAGUUCACCUGAUCAGACACCUUUACUCCUCCGUUCCUGAGGUUAUCGAAGCCUACAACGCUCUUCCCGUGCCUGUCCUCAAAGCCGACUUUUUCCGCUACCUGAUCCUUCUCGCUCGUGGCGGCAUCUACUCAGAUAUUGAUACUUCGGCACUGAAGCCCGCGUCAGACUGGAUACCUUCAGACGUGCCCGCAAACUCCUACGGAAUGGUCAUUGGCAUUGAAGCUGAUCCAGAUCGUCCAGACUGGGCUCAGUGGUACUCUCGUCGCGUUCAGUUCUGCCAGUGGACCAUCCAGUCUAAGCCUGGCCACCCUGUUCUCGUCGAUGUUGUCGCAAACAUCACACAGGAGACACUCGACCGCAAGCGCGCCGGCAAACUCAGCAAGGACUACAAGGGCAUAAUCGAGUUCACUGGUCCCGCCGUCUGGACCGACACCAUCUUCAACUACUUCAACAAUCCCGAUUACUUCGACAUGAGCACAAGCAAGGGCAACAUUACAUGGGAAAACUUCACUGGCAUGAAGGCGCCCAAGAAGGUUGGCGAUGUCAUUGUGCUGCCCAUCACCAGCUUCAGCCCCGGCAUUAAGACUAUGGGCGCUGGCGAGGAUGACGACCCAAUGGCUUUUGUUAAGCACAACUUUGAAGGCACCUGGAAACCCGAGAGCGAGCGUCACAUUGGCGAGACCUUCAACUGAACGAAUCACGACCGCGAAUUGUCUGUACCGAGCCCGCCCACUACAUAAUCGUACACGCAUAGAGUGCAUAUUACACCGGGUUGGGAAAGGAACGGUCGGUAGAAGACGACGCGACGGGCCGGACAAUGCCGUGUCGAGUCGCGCACAAGGCAACACACCCCGGGGGUUUACAAGCCACCAGCUUGUGUACACGCUCAGUAGCCAGCGGCGCCACUGGCAGUCAGUGUGUCAGUAUCGCAAAGUAUUCUCUGUCACCUCGAUGCUGGCAAGGAACAUGGGGGAGAACAUGAGCACGAAAUACAUGUUGGGCAGGGCCAACACUUCAAUAUC